AUGGACAAUAUUUCUGGAGACUCCCAGAUGUGUGAUGCACAAGUUCAAGAAAACGAACAAUAUUCAUUCAGAUUUUACCCUUUUGCAAAAGCCAUUUGGUUUGAGGUUUCGUUAAGCUAUAUUAACAACCCAACCUUAAGUGACUCUAUAGGCAAUUGGGUCAGAAACUGGAUAGAGGGUCCUAACUAUAAUCAAUUUUCAGAAAAGAUCGCCAUUGUUUUCUGGUUUAUGUGGAAACACAGAUGCUCAGUUGUUUUCGAAGGAAAGACCCCUAACCAGACAAUGCUGAUAGAAAUGAUAAACAAAUAUUUACACUCAGGAGUUCCUAUACCAAUCACGAGAAAUAUUUCAACUAGAAGCGAAGUUGUUUCAACUCAAAAUAGGACUUCCUUAAACACGGAUUGGAUAAUCUUCACAGAUGCGGCUUUCAAGAAAGAAAAUCUAUCAAUGGGUUUUGCUUUUAUCUUAUACUCAGUGGAUCAAGAAGAAUUCAUGCACAUCGAAGCAGGCUCAGAUAAGGCUAUGUCAGCAGUUCAUGCAGAAGCAAAGGUUAUGCUUAAAGCUACUUCGUGGUUAAAAAAUAAUAUUUUAUCCAGUGUUUCAAUCGUCACAGAUUGCAAAAGUAUUGUCGAUCUCAUUAACAACAAGUGUAAGGAAAUUUCCUGGAAAGCAAAAAACAUAAUUAAAGAGGUUAAAGCGAAUCUGGAUACUAUUUCCCAAGCUAAGCUGAGAUACAUUAAUAGAAAAUUCAACGCAGUAGCGGAUACUUUAGCUAAGGAGGCAAGAAUCAAGAGCCUCCAACAUUUAUCUUUACAUAUUGGAGAAAAAAUUAGCAAAUCAAGUACUCCCUCAGUUCCUUUUUAA